AUGACUACGCCAAUACGACACGCCAAAGGUAUUGCUAGAUGGCGUUACAUCUCGGGUGGCUACAACAAAUAUUGGUACCUGAGGUCUGCCCUUCGUUGGCUGACCAUCGCCGCUGCCGUAACAGACUUGAUCGUGUUCGCCGUCUUGUACAGUGAUUGGUCAGAAGCUUACAAUGUCGAUACCAUGUAUCUCGGCAGCGUACUUUUCAUCGUAGCUCCACUGCUAUCAUUCGUGACCAGUGCGAUGGCAAUCACGCUCUUGUUUCUCUUGCGAAGGAAGGUUACUAUCAAUCCUGGAGGGUUGCUGUCUCUGGACCUUGUUACUGGCUUGCUACUAGUCACGGACCUGGUCUUGAAUAUGCAAUUCUCCCCCAAUUGGCCUCGCGGGAUAUUCAGUAGAGGAGAAGGGGUUUUUCGGGUGCUUUGGUGCUUUUGCCUAAUUUUGGGUGUUCUACACUGUAUCCUAUUCUUGCUGGAGAUCUGGGAAGUACAUGUUCAUCGGCGAAUGUCACGAGAACAACGUAACCUUGACAGCUCCAACGAUGUUGAGGCUGGUGAUGCUGGUUCGAAGACAGAAUCCAGCGAGCCUGAUGCUGAUUCAGAUGCUAUUGAGUUACAGGACACUGCCUCACCAGCUCCAGCUGCAGUAGAAGUCCCCAAUGUGCCCUCACAUGCAGAGGCGCCAGAUACCACUUCUUCUCCUGCAUUACCGGCCACGAUCUUAGUCGAACUUCCUGAUGGACGGAUACUGGAACUGCCUGAGGGGAGCCGUGUAGAACUGCCAGCUGAGCACAGAGCUGAGUUACCUGAUACCAGCAGAAAAUUGCGCAUCAACACAAAUGACCUUGAUUCGGCGUCAACAGCUUCCACUGAAUGGUAUGGCAGUAGUCCAGUGGCGCCGUCAUACAGAACGCAAGAGUAG